GAUUAGAUCGACAAAACAAGCUGUUCAAGCUUGACUGGAUGGAGCCGAAUCAAAAUUUUAUCGUAGCCGCACCCAAGUAGCUUGACGGAUGUAUCAUUUACGCACCGUGUCACCGUACCAUUAAACGCUUCUCUUUGACAAAACAACUCCCUCUCCAAUCCCAUCCCACCUCUCUUUCAAGAUCUUUUUUCUUUGAAACUACAUCUUGGGUUUUGUUUUGCUUUAUUUUCCUAUAAACAGUUUGGAUUUUAAUUAUAUAAACAAACAGAGAAAUUAAAAUUUUCUUAAAACUUUGAUCUUUCUUUCUUUCAUUUUUUUUUUUUCUGUUGAGGUGGUGCUUGAAAGGACAAGAAUGGCGCAGGACACAUCGUCCGAACAAGAACAAGAUGAUUCUGAUGCUGAGUUCGUGGAGAUCGAUCCUACAGGUCGUUACGGUCGGUACAAGGAGGUUUUAGGAAGAGGGGCUUUCAAAAAAGUAUACAGAGCAUUUGAUGAACUGGAAGGUAUAGAAGUAGCAUGGAAUCAGGUUAAGGUCACGGAUCUAUUGCGUAACUCUGAAGAUAUGGAGCGUCUUUAUUCAGAAGUUCAUUUGCUUAAAACUUUGAAGCACAAGAAUAUUAUUAAGUUUUAUAAUUCAUGGAUCGAUACCAAAAAUGAAAAUAUCAACUUCAUCACUGAGAUUUUCACUUCAGGAACAUUGCGACAGUAUCGAAAGAAGCAUAAGCAUGUUGAUUUAAGGGCAUUGAAGAAAUGGUCUAGGCAGAUCUUGGAGGGUCUGCUGUAUCUUCAUAGUCACGAACCACCAGUGAUUCACAGGGAUCUGAAAUGUGAUAAUAUCUUUGUCAAUGGCAACCAAGGUGAGGUAAAGAUUGGGGAUCUAGGGUUGGCUGCUAUUCUUUGCCAGGCUCGUUUAGCGCAUAGUGUUAUUGGUACACCAGAGUUUAUGGCACCAGAACUCUAUGAGGAGGAAUAUAAUGAGCUUGUAGAUAUUUAUGCUUUUGGCAUGUGUUUGCUGGAGUUAGUGACCUUUGAGUAUCCUUAUGUUGAAUGUGCUAAUGCAGCUCAAAUAUUCAAGAAAGUGACAUCAGGAAUAAAGCCAGCAUCAUUGGCAAAAGUGACUGAUCCUGGAGUCAAGUUAUUUAUUGAAAAAUGUAUUGCUAAAGUCUCUGAACGGUUGUCUGCUAAGGAACUUUUAGGGGAUCGAUUUCUCCAACCUAAUGAGGAAAAUGACAGCGUAGGUCGUUCUUUACAGCCUAAAGCCCAUAUUUCAGAUAGCAGUUCUGAUCAGACUAAUUUCAGGGGGAGGACCAAGGAUCUUCAAUCUGAGACGAGUGUGGAUGUCAAAGUGCAAGGUCACAGGAAAGACCUUAACACAAUUUUUCUGAAACUAAGGAUAGAAGAUUCCACAGGUCAUAUUCACAACAUCCACUUCCCAUUUGAUGUUGAAGCAGAUACAGCAACUGCUGUUGCUAGUGAAAUGGUUGAGGAGUUGGACUUAACAGAUCAAGAUGUUCCUACAAUUGGUGAAAUGAUUGAAACUGAAAUCCGGUCCCAUAUUCCUGAUUGGGUUCCAAUAGAAACUCCUAUUGAUAGUUUUGGAGAAAUUGCAAAUUCUGGUAACUAUAUCUCUGAAAAUAAGGGUGAUCGAUCUUCACUGGCUUAUGACCCAGUCUCAUCUCCUGGUAGUCUUUCACUGGAGAUUUUGCCAUCAGGUUGAAGGUACUGGUCUGACUCACCCAAGGCAGCUGGUGGAAACUCUCCAGCUUGGGUUGGCAUUUCAAACUUGGCUUUCCAUGUGGAUUUUGUAAGGUCUGCAGAUAGCUUGGCUGAACAUGUUGAACAAGCAAAUGAUAGAUAUGAUAGUGGAGGUAAAAUAAACAGUGGUACUUCACUUGAACUAUUGGAGAAUGAGUUCACACGUCACAAUGGCAGAGAUGAUGACGGCAAGGUGAAAGAUGGAAGCAGACCUGGUGACAUGGACAUAAAAUUGAGUGCAUCUGGGAAAAAUCUGCAUGACGGUAAUGGAACACGUCCAUCAGGAGAGAACUGUAAGCUAUUAAAGGAUACUGAAUCAGGAGUGAUGGUAAUAACCAAGAGACUCGAGUCUCUGUUGGUAAAGCAGCAAAUGGAGCUGGAUGAAAUAAAGAAGAAGCACGGAUUAGCCAUAUCAAACCUUCUGGAGGAACUUUCUCCAGAAAUCCGUGAAAAGGUUUUAGAUACAUGUAAGAUGAAGAUUCCAAAACGUACUAUUCAAAAUGAGACAAACCGCUAAAUGUGCAUCUGACAUACCUAAGCUUCUACAUGGAAUUUGAAUUCACUUUUAGUCUCACCAUCGUGCAGUUUGAUAAUAGUCCAGCUAUGUUCAUACUCAAAUAUCUAAUUUUCACUGAAAAGAUAACCUUGUACAGCCUAGAAGGGAUGGUGAUCAUACAAAUAGAUACUCCAGUAAAGCUUAAAAGAGCUUUCUUUUUGUUGGUAAAGUUGGACAGUCUAUCUUGGUAGCCGAUAAAUCUGCAGGAAUGUCUGAUGUAGCUAUCCAGCAGGCUGAAAGGCAACCCAUGUAAGGCUGAAAGGAAAAGAUUCAACAGAAACCUUGGUUUCCACAAAUUGCCUGGUACUAUUGAGGUGAGGCAUUCUUCCUGCAAGUCAUGUGCCUAUGUGAUAUAAUUUUGCAUAUGCCUGAGUUUUGCCUUUUUCUAAAAUCUGUUUUGGUUUCAUAUUUCUUUCAAAAACUUCCUAGGAAGCAUAUACUUGUACAUAUGAUUCUAUCAUAUUUCUCGAAUGUCUGGUUGUUUCAAAUUACCUUCUGUACAAGACCAAUGCCUUGCAUUGCCAUUUUUCUUUUUUCUUUUUUUUUUGGAAAUAUGGCUUGUGUAACCCCAAAAGUUUUUUUUGGAAAUGUGGUUUUGCAUAAACGUAGGGCUGUUAUGAAUUAUUAUGAUUUAGUAUCUAUGUAUGUCUCAGAAUUAUUAUUUUUUGCAUAUAAUCUAUUGGAAUAAUGAAUACUCGCA